UUUCUGCAGGAUAACCCAUGUCUGACCCCAAACAGCCUGGAACAUUUCCUGGACCAGGUCCUAGAAGCCAACAAUUACGGGGUGUCCGUGUUAAACAACAGCACUGGCAAGUGGAACUGGGACUUCACCUCUUCCCUCUUCUUCGCUGCCACUGUCCUCACAACUACAGGUUACGGUCACACGGUGCCUCUCUCCGAUGGUGGCAAGGCUUUCUGCAUCAUUUACUCACUGCUGGGGAUUCCCUUUACACUGCUGGUCCUCACCUCCAUUGUCCAGCGGCUCAUGGUCCAUGUGAGCAGGCGGCCAGUCCAGUACAUCCACACUCGCUGGGGUUAUGCCGAGCAAACCGUCGCACUGGUCCACGCCGUGAUCCUGGGGCUAAUCGUCACCUCCUGCUUCUUCUUCAUCCCGGCGGCCAUCUUCUCUGCCCUGGAAAAGGACUGGAACUUUCUGGAAUCCAUUUACUUUUGCUUCAUCUCCCUCAGCACUAUUGGCCUGGGAGACUAUGUUCCUGGGGAGGUGCGCCAUCAGCAGUUCCGUGAGCUGUACAAGCUGGGAAUAACCGGUGAGUAUGGGCAGCUGACAUAUUGUGGAUAG